GCGAGUUGAGCUUUGCCCUUAAAAGUAAUCGUCUGGCUAUUAAAAAACAACCACAAUCAUUUGGUAGUGAUUGGCUGAAUUAGCAGGCAGACAAAAUGUUUUCAUCCAUCACCCUCAGGCAAUUAAAAAAUUCGCCGAUCUUGACACUAAAGCAUACCAGGAAUUUUGCUUCGACAAUGGAAGGAUUUAAAGAACUCAACGUUACAAUGCCAAAACCUUUUGUGUACCAAGUUGAGCUUAACAGACCUAAGAAACUGAACGCGUUGAACCGUGCGAUUUGGUUUGAAAUUGGAAAAUGCUUUGACAUCCUAGCAACAAAAGAUGACUGUCGAAGUAUUGUGUUGACAGGAGCGGGAAAAAUAUUUUCAGCUGGAAUCGAUCUGCCAGAUAUGAUCCAAUUGGGUGGAGAGCUAGCAAAGCAUGAGGACGUAGCGCGAAAGUGCAAAAUUCUUGAGCAAAUGCUUAAAGACUACCAAGACCACUUUACUGCCCUUGAGCGUUGUCCAAAACCAGUGAUCGCAGCCGUCCACAGUGCCUGCAUUGGCGGCGCCUUGGACCUGAUCCUCGCUGCUGACAUCCGAAUGUGUUCUUCAGAUGCCUGGUUCCAAGUGAAAGAAGCUGAAAUCGGGAUGGCUGCUGACAUGGGCACUCUCCAGAGGCUGCCCAGGGCCAUAGGCAACCAGAGUCUUGUCAAUGAACUCUGCCUAACAUCCAGGAAGGUCGAGCCGACAGAAGCAAAAGACUGUGGUUUGGUUAGCAAAGUUUUUGACACAAGAGACAGUUUGGUAGCUGGUGCUCUUGAAAUGGCAGAGCACAUCGCGAGCAAGAGUCCUGUAGCGGUGCAGCUGACGAAACGUACAUUGGUGCAUGCUAGGAAUAACAGCACCCAGACUGGACUUGACUUUAUUCGUUACUGGAACAUGACAAUGCUGCAAAGCGAAGAUUUCGUCAAUGCAGCAAUGGCACAAGCUACCAAGAGCCCACCUCCAGCUUUUGCGAAACUGUGAACACUAUCUUAUCUUUAAACUCUGUUGGUGAUGUAAUCUUUUAAAUAAAUCAUUGAAUUUACUGAAUGA